AGGUCGCAUUCACCGAGGCGUGCAUCGCGUACUACCGGGGCGACCCCGUGGUUGCGGACGAGGAGGAUACGACAAGCUGAAGGCGGCCGUGAUGGCUUCUGGCCAGCGCAAGGACUCGACGUGACGGCGUUCCUGCUGUACGAGCGAGGCCAGCAGUUCCUGAACGAGACGGAGUUCGCGGAGAUGUCGGAGACGAGCUCAGGAAGCUCGGCAUGAACCCGGUCGACCUGGACCAGUGCAACCUGGCGCAGAUGGAGGAGAGAUGUACAUCGACACGCUGUGGGCGUACUACAAUGAUGGCACGCAGUUGCUUUCCGACGAGCAGUACAACAAGCUCAAAGAAGAGUUGGCGUGGCAGGGCUCUGGCUUCCCGCAGCUGCGGCGCGAGGAGGUAGAGUUCGUGAAGGCGUCCCUGGCCUACCACCGCGGGGAGCCCAUAGCCACGGACGAGGAGUGGGAGCAGCUCAAGCAGAACGUCCUCGCCGUCGGCGGCAACCAGAAGCGCACGGACGUGGCCGCCUUCUUGCUCUACAGCAAGGGCGCGGAGAGACAUUGGACCCCGAGAGCUUCGAGAAGAUGAAGAAGGAGAUGGCCAAGCUCGGCCUGAACGUGAAGAAGGCCGGCACGAAGGCGCUGGAGCAGACCCUCAGCAUCACCACCGACAGGCUGUACAACAACUGGGGCGAGGUGAUGACGAUGAUCUUCUCGCUGGGAACCAUACCCACGGCGCUGUGCGUGGCGGGCGCGUGGGCUGCAGGCCUCGCGCUGGACUUGGCCUUCGUGCCGGAGCCGGAGAUGGAGCGCCGUCUUCACGGCGGAGUUCAUUCCCCUCCUCGGGCUGGGCCUGGUCCUCGGGACAGCGCUGACGUGGCAGCUGCUGUGCUUCCUCGACCUGCAGUUCCCGGAGAGGUCCUGACUGGCGAGUGCCCCUCCUGCGAGAGCGAGGUCCGGUGCUUCCGGGGUGGCGCGGAGCCCGUGGCGCAGG